AUGGUGCUAGUCUUUUCCCAAGGAUUUCUUUAUUAUGCGAUUCUUCCAUCGACUUUGAUUAUAUUUUCACUGAUCGUUUGCGGUAGUUCCAGACCUAAACGAGAAUCUGAAAAAAAGUCAAAGGAUGGUAAAAAGCGGAAAAAGAUUAGUAGUGCUGCACGGAAAAAGAGGAAGUCUCGCUCGAAAAAGUCAAAGUCCACACGUAGCGGCAAAAAGAAGUCCAGGAAGAGUGAUAGUAAAUCAAAGUCACGAAUAGAGCACGAAAAAGGGAGCCGGUCUGCUCGGGCAUCAAAACGUAUGAAAUCUUCAAGCUCAACAAAGUCGAUUGAAAAUUUGUCAUCAAAACCGAGACGUAGUAGUCGGCUAGAAAGAUUUCCGUGUAGUGGACGACGUGUACCCUCUGUCGGAACUGUGAACAGUGCGAAAAGUGGUGAAGCGUCAAUCACUUACAGCAAUCGUGACGUUGCUCGCAGUAUAAAUGAAACUCCGAAAAAUGGAAUCAAAUUGGAACCUCAGUCAUUGCAUUGGAAUGUUUCGGGUGGUUUGCAGAAAGUAUAUCUGAAAAAUCUUGAUAACGACCGAAAGGCAAUUAAGGUGAAAUGUUCCGACAACCAGUUAUAUCGAGUAAGUCCAGUCUAUACGUUCAUUGCGCCAAAUCAAACGUUGGGUUUUGACGUGGUACGUCAGAACGGAGGCCCUAAAAUUGAUAAAAUGGUUUUCCUCUGGACUAUGGCUGAUGAAAGUGAUCGAAACGUCUCGGCGCUAUUUAAUGACGUCUCGUCCUAUCCAAUGCUUGUGCUUCCCUUAAUAGUUAAUAGCUCCCCGAAAAGGAAAUGGAAGAAAACCAAUUUGGAACAUUCUCUAAAAAUUUUACAUCACUUCAAAAGUUUGCAUUCAAAUUAUUCGUCGAAAUUUGUUGAUUCAGAAGAGCCGUAUGAUCUAAAAAUGGAACCCACGGAGCUUCGUUGGAAUGCAUCUGGCGGUACUCAAAAAGUAUUUAUCACCAAUCCCACAAACUAUCGUCGAGCAGUUAAAGUAAAGUGUUCGGAUAAUAAUUUGUAUCGCGUGAAUCCCGUGUUUUCCUUUGUUGAUCCGGGUCAAAUACUCACUAUCGACAUUUCACGCCAAAAUGGCGGAGCGAAAGUUGAUAAAAUGGUUUUCGUUGCUGCUCUGGCAGGAAAGAAUGAUAAAGAUCCACGAGAAAGUUUUCAAAAUAAUUCAGUAAAGCCAAUGAUGGUAUUGCCACUCAUCGCAACCAAUGCAUGA